UCGUCAUUUACCUGCCAAGAAAUAUAGUUACCUGAGACCGUCGCGUUCUCAGACAACUAAGUGUCUACGUCACAAUUGAACUUGGAAAGAAUUUAACAGAAAUUUUACCUACUUAUCAAUAAAAUUCGGUGUCAGUGUGCUCAAAUUCAAUCCCUGAGGGACACCCUAAGAAAGUACGUAUUAGAACAGUGAAGUAGACUGGUUAAAAGUGAUUGUUGGUUCAAGUUAUUGGACUCUUGUGGAAUUUUUAGGUGUGUUUGCGGAUAACUGUGUCGUGGUUUUCUUUUUUUAAUUUUUGCCGAACAUUAUUGUAACAAUAUUGGUUCUCAAAUUAACAAUGCUAGUCAUCACCGCAGACCUGAAUCUAUUCUAGUCCAUUGAAGAAAAUCUUUUAUUCUAUUCGUAUUCUCAAUAUGUCUGAAUCAACACCAAUCUGUCGUUGUAGAGUCCUUUACCUAGGUUCUAGUGUACCUCAACAGACCAAAGAUGGUUUGCAAGGAAUACAGGAACCACUUCAAGAACUCUAUCCAGAUCAAGGUGCGACAGGGGCAAAAGGGAUAGACUCCUGGUUAAGUGUAUGGUCAAACGGAAUAUUAUUGGAAAAUGUAGAUGAAAACCAUAAAAAGAUUACUAGGUUUUUCCCAAUUGAGAGUCUGCAUUAUUGUGCGGCUGUAAGAUAUGUUCUAGUCCCAGAAAAAAAUACUCUACAUAGUCCAAAUCCUAGAUUCCUUCCAUUAGAUUCUCCUUUCGCUCGCACUCCCAAUCCCACACAUCCUCCACUUUUCGCUGCCAUUUUGAGAAGAACGACUGGGAUAAAAGUACUCGAGUGCCACGCUUUUAUUUGUAAGAGAGAAGUUGCAGCAAAUGCUUUAGUUAGAUGUUGUUUUCAUGCUUACGCUGAUUCAUCGUACGCAAAACAAGUGGAUACCGCAGGAAGCAUAUAUGGAACCCUUGCAUCUGAAAGAUUAACUAGUAAAGAAAAGAUAGAUGAAUGGAAGAUGAGUAGAUCUCAAUCAGGUUCCACAAUGACGUUAAAUACUAUAACAAAUAACAAUCAAAAAGAUGAUAUCAGUAUCUAUAAUGGAGAUGAGAAUCAUAAAGUAUGGGCAGGUUCUCAAGACAACUUAGAUGGUAUAUAUGACGUUUAUUCUACUAGUACCAUAUCAAGACCUACUCGUCCAAGACAAAUUUCUCAACCUGUUGCUGUACCGCCUCCUCCGGUAAAAGAUAAAAAGAAAAAAACGAAACAAAAAUCUUUGAGUGGAUCCAGGGAGGAUUUGUACCACCCAAUGAUGAAUGGUAAAGCUAGCAGUUUAGCGGGUUCAGUGGUGAAGACACGACAAAUUCAACCUCAAAUGAACGUAGCACCGCCUCAACCUAUAUACAUAAUGACUCCACAUCCUGGAACUCUCCCAAAUCCAAAAUUCUUCAAACAUCACGGCAAUACCUAUUCCCAUAGACCAAGAAGUAAAGUUCUGAUACCAGCAAGACCCGUACCACCGCCGUUAGUUCCCGUAGCACCGGUGAUAAUACCAACUACAAUGCAAAAAAACAAAAAGAAGCAUAAACACGUCGAAGAACCGAUUUACAUGCCGAGCAACAGAGCGUUAAGUCCAGUAGCCAGUUAUCAACCUGUAAAUUUUCCCCACGAAGCUUAUUUGAUGCAACAUUACGCAACAAUGGAGUCUCAAGGAAAGCAAAGGAGUAAGAAUAAAGAGAAGAAUUCAGAUAAGGCAAAAUUAAACAAAAAAUUAGGGCAAAGUAUGAAUGGUUUAGACGAUCCUAAUGUAAUGAAUGAUGAGAGUCCUUUUAAUACGGGGAUUUAUAAGAAAAAGGGGCAUUUGAACGAAAGAGCAUUUUCCUAUUCGAUCAGGCAGGAGCAUAGAAGCAGAAGUUACGGAAGUUUGGCGAACUUGAAGUUUGCUUCCCCAAUUCCAAACGGCCACGAUGUUGAAGACCGUGAAGAUAUGAAGAAAGAAAGGGAAAUUAUGCAAAUGGUACAAGAUUUGGACCUCUCCGGAGACGAGCUGGAAAGAUCUGAAGUACCCAGAGGCAUGUACGAUACUAGAGCUGGGCCUCCAGGACCUGUUAUUGUUACUGCUCCCCAAAUAAAUGGCAGGGGUCACCGACGAUAAGUCUAGGAAUGGUGAAAUAAAUCUACAAUAUAUUUCUUCCGAACGACAAUUACUUUAGACGACAGAAUCAACAUAUAUCUUCGAAAUAAGAGUAGGUCAUAAUCAGAUUUUGUGAGUUUAUAGUAGGUACAGUUUGAACACAACGACUUACGUUCAUGAAAUGACACUCAGUUACAUGAGUAUCGUCAUUAAUGAUAACUGACAUUUUUGAUAGAUUAUAUCAUUCAAAUUUUUAUCAUCAUGAAGGCCUGUAUUUUUUGAUUUGUCAUAAUUGUAUCAACUCAAAUUUUCCAAUGAAUCCCAAGACUUCUGUACGGCAAGUAAGCAUUGUAGAAGACUAUACAGAACUUCAAAAAGCAAUCAUUUGGAAAUCAAUAACCGUAGAAAAAUGUAGAAGAGACUUAAUUAAUUCAUUAGAUGUUUGGGAAACUCAUCUCGAAUAUGGAGAUUAUGCGAAAGAAGUUCUGAUGGGAUAUUUGGUUUUAACAAAAGGCGAAUCAAAAAUACCUACCGACUACUCGUACAUCAGUGAACUACAAGUUAAAGAAGACUUUCCAAAUUUGAGCAAUUAUCAGAAAAUAAUACGGCAGCAAACCUACAUGUAUCUUCUUUUAGAAUCGGCUGAAGUGAUAGCCAAAGAGGAACACGAAUCUUCUAAAAUAGCAGCCGAUUACGAGUCGAACAGUUUAGUUAUUCUUAAGCGAUUUGGAUAUGAACAGGAAGGACAAUUAUUGUCUAAAAAAUUAGAGAAUAUUGGGUUUUUGAACGUUUUCAAAAAUAUGGAUUUGGCGUUUGAUGAAAAUAAGAGUCUCAUUGAGAAUCCACUCGAUCCUGAUGCUGCAGAAAAAGAAUGGUUGAAAAAUUAUGACGCAGAUUACAGACGACACAGACUUUUGUAAGAAUCGAAAAUAUAAAUAUUACACUUUUUCACAAUUAAGAAUUUAUCAGUGAAUAUUCUUUUUAUUACAAAAAAAGUGAUAAAAAACUUAAUAUAUCUUGAAUUUGACAGGUUAGUACUUAUUGUUGUUUAACUACUCUUUCAAUACUUUUAUUUACCCCGAGGGCUAUUUAGAAAAUAAGUUACCUUUCGUAAUUAGAAAAAAGCAAGAACAAUUCUUCUUUCGUCACAUAAGGGUUGAUUCUCACUAUACACUCCAUUCCGAUCCGCAACCAUUACAUUUCCAGACGUUCCAGUAUAAUUCAGUCAUGUUGAUAUAAGGUUCGUUUCAACCCAUCAAAACACCGUCCUUGGUAUGGUGAUGAUUCUGCGAAUAGAGAUUACGUGUUCCAACCUGGCGGUUACCGUUAUACGUACGAUUCUUAUUUGUGUUCCAACUAACUUAAAUAUCGUUUGUGAACCGCUUCCUGACGAUCUUUUCGAUACUUGGUUGAUAGCAAGUACUGUUAUAUAAGAACCGUGUAUAGAGAUUGCGGAGAUUGCGCUGAAAAUAUCUAUACCGUUUUAAGUACGAUCCCGACUAGCAGGUUGGAACAAACCUCUAGAAAUCAGCUUGAAAUGUGAUUAAAGAUGUUUACAAAGAUUAUUUCAAUUCUCCAAUAGGGGCUGACGACUGGCAAAUGGAUGUAGUUCAAAAGUUUAGCCCCUAUUAUUAUAACAUAUUAAUUUUAUAAGUACUUUUUUGUUUCAUAAUGUUUCUGGAAUGAAAUAAAUAUAUAUAAAUAUUUUUGUGCUUACACAAUGCGACGUUUAGCUCUUUUACAACUGCUUGUCUUUAAAGUUAUUGUCACUAUAUCUACUAUUUUCAAAAUCAUAAAGGGUCUAACUUAUUUAGCUUCUCGUCAUUCAUAUUUAAAUCACUCCUCUGUAAUAGAUUGUAUAGAACUGAUACGCAUUCAUGUUCACACUACCAAUACCGUUUCCUGUACGUUUCAGCCUCUCCGGUAAAAAUAAGUUUCGAAUGAUUUUUAACGGAUUGGAAAAGGAACAUAUAUGGAACGGAAGAUGUUUAUACACACAUUAUUUUACAUUUAAUAAUAUUUGAUGUAAAAGAAAAGGAAGGAAAAUGGAACGUAUAGUGAGAAUCAGCCUUUAUUUUUCCUUCUUCGAUCUGUAUCUGUGAUGCAGCUAGUUGUUGUCAUUAAAGCGUUGAGUUGUUACACAGUUCUUUACCCUUUAUGAAAGUAUUCAUCACAAGAUCAGUACUAUAGUACCUUAUGAGCAGAAAACUCACAUUUGAAUAAAUUGGGGAGCUCUUGACUGUGACUUGCAGUGUGAGCUCAAGCAUUGAAAUGCAAAUAUGAAAAUUUGAAUGUCAAUUGUUCCUCGACCUUUAUGUGGAAUUUCUCACAGUAAAAUUUUUUGUGGCUCCAAAUUCUCAAAUUAUGAAUUACAAACACAUCUGGCUUUUCAUAGAAAACAGUUUUUUUUUAGAAAAAGCUAUGUGCCUCUUGCUUGUCUAUGAACUGUAAUUUCGUUUAGCAAUUUACGUGUUGUAGGCGUUCGGAAGUAUCGCUAACAUUUAUGGUAGUCUGUAGGCGAUUUUGCCAACCAUUAUUGACAACAUUUAUGUUAGUAUAGUUUGAUUAUUUCAAACAACAAAGAGCAUGAAACUUGUUGAAAAUGGAGCAAAUGCGUGAAACAAUAUCUUGAACUUACCUUGGCUGUCCAAUCAUCUCUUCAUCAUAAUCGUGUGUUUUGUUUCCAACAAAAAUUAAAUCACAGAGAGUCAUGAUGAUUGCACGCCGUCUAAGAUACCGUGUAUGCAUACCCUAAAAAAUACGUAAUCAGCGCUCCUAACGGCAAAUGGAACGAUUUAUUACCUAAUAAGUAGUCCCUGUAUUAUAUAGUCAUCACAACUGUCUAUUUUCCUUUAAUUCAUUUAACGCAUUUUCUAUAUCAAAAUGAAUGAUUUUGAUUAUUUGUAAGAGUCGAAUUAAAUAUUUUCCCUCAGUGGUAUAGGUGGUAUAGUGUAUGUUUUAUCAUAUUAAUUAUUUAAAAAGAUCCUAAUACAUUUUUUUAUUACCUUCCCAUGUUUUUUUUUUUCAAACUUGUUGAAGGGGCAGAUCUUUUCUCUACUUAGUAUCUACGCACUUAAUAAUUUAAAGGUGAAUAGUUUUUGAACGGAAUAAUACAAAAAAUAUGAGAAUUGAAUGACUAAUAAAGGUUAAGCAACUUGUUAAGUUAUUGGAGACACACAUGUUUAAUAACCAAUAUAUAAAAUUGGAUAUUUUGAAUAUUUUUGAUCAUUAAACAAUAUGAUUAUUGUUAUGUUAUGAUAGCGACAGAGAUUCUUAGGAAGGAAAACAAAUCUAUCCCUACAACAAGCCUCUGGUAUUAAACAUUUCUUAAAGUAUCCUAACGGUUUGCCAAGUUUUAACAGAAAAUAAUGGAAUAUUCGUAAUUUCUCGGAAAUGAUAAGUAUUUUAAAUAAACAAGUUUUUUUCGAUUUGUGUUCUUAUUCUGUAACAAAUAAUUUUUUAGAUUUCUUUCUUCUGUUACUUCGAUUGAAUUAUUUGAUUCUGUAAAUACGUUCUAAUACUUUUUUAAUCAUAGUAAUAUUGUAGAUUAUGAAGUGUAAAUAAUAUCAUUGAUAAAUUCCAUUAUAAUAUCUAUAUUCUAAAUUUGCUCAAAUUUUUCGCUUGGGAUAUUACAAAUUAAUAGUUUAUUAGAUGAAAGAUGAUAGAGAUUAAUUUGAGAAGAUGUUUGAGUUGCAUCGACCGAAAAAGAAAUUAGAAAUAAUGAAAAAGGGGUAAAACAUGAUAUAUGUUUCAAUAUCUUAAUAACAUAUAUAUAGUUUCAAUUUUCGUUUGUAAAUGUUUUGUGGAGCUUCUAUCUCAUUGGAAUAUAUUAAAAAAAAGUAGAUUUUGCUUUAUAUAUACCAUGAACACAUUUUUUAAGAUAUGAAAUGAAAAUAGAUCUUUCUUUUACUUAGUUAAAAACAAAUAUUCUGGUUGUUUUGAUUGAAAUUUGGAGGCAUUAUUUUUAACAAUUUUGUAUUAUUUUCUUUGAUUACUCCUCAUUAUUGUCAGUCGCAGAGUUAAUGUUUCUCUGUUUAGACUCUAUGUCUGAAACUACAUACACAUCAUCCAAUCAACAUUUUCGAGGAUAUGAUCUUGAUAGCUUAUUUAUAUAAAAACUGUUUUUUCAUUUUAUUAAGAGGAAACUAAUUUGUUUGGCAUAUGUGUAAUUUUUAUUUGAUAGAAUCUGUUGUUGUGGUUUUCUAUCCAUUACACUUGUUGCUUGUAUUUCAAAGACCGCUUUAGUUAAAUGAUAAGGACUGUAUUUAGUUUAUAUUUUCUUUAUUGAUGUUUAUUUCUAACGAUCGAACUAAAAUUGGUUACAUAUUCUCGUUUUUACGACUACCCUAAAUUACAAGAAUUUUGUACAUGCCGCCUCCUUGAGCUUAUGAUGAAAAAUAUCUAAUUCAAAAAAUACAAAUAGUAAAAUAUGUAAUAAAUAAAAUUCAUAGAUAAUUCCAAUACGAAUCGGAUCAAUACCCCUAGGUUUCGAAGCAAGUUGCGAUAUAAUUAUUAAAUUGGAUUGAAUUUUUCUAAAUUGUAACAUAAAUGUUUUGUCCUUUGUUCAAUUACACUGGUACUAGGUAUAAUACACACCUUUUUGACAACCCGUUUACAAACACCUUUCAUUGUUUUUAUCGGAACUGUACGUACUAUAUCAACACUACCUGGGUGAGGGGCCACAACACAUCCCAAUUUUCAUUUUAAAGGUGGUAGAUUUCCUUGGUUAAAACGACCAUCGUGCCGAUGGUUUGCAUCUUCUUUGUAACUGGUUUAAAUUUUCUUUGUACCAUCUCGCUCAAAAAUGUUGCUGGAUUUGUAGAAUUCGCUGCCAGCGAGAUAAUCUGCGAUAAGGUUUAUUGCGCAAAUCGCUUUCCACAGGAUAUAUUAACGGUGCUUCGAUUAGAAAGUGACCUGGGGUUAGUAGCUCCAGAUCAUUAGGAUCCUUGGAUAUAAGACAAGCUUCAAUGCAUAUUAGCUAAGUAUAAAAGUAAGGUAGAGAAGUCUCCAACUACACGGCGAAGAUGAUGUUUAACACUUGUUGGUGCACUAUCAGUCGUUCAUUCUCAAAACGCUUUUUUAACAAAAUAAUGAAGUUUUCGUAAUUGUGUCAGAUUUAUAUCAUCGUGUACUAAGGCCCUAAAAGAAUCAUAAAAAGAGAACCAAAUACUAUACUUACCACAGAAUGUUGGUAGAGAUAAAGGUUUUAAGAAUGUGCUGCUUUCUGGAUCAGUACCGUUUCUGUUUAUAUUUAUAACGAUUCAAAUUUCAAAAGAGGGAAUUCCUGCGACGUUAGAAUUAAUUCGACGGAGAAUCUACUUUAUAUUUAAAACGAUUGUUUGAUAUUGAUUUUCAACCUGUUGUCUUUCCCUUAUUAGCUUCUUCUUUCAAAGCAAUAGUUUCACCUUGUUUUUGUAUAGGUGUAAACAUUAACCAUUCAAUAUCAGUUUGUACCGAAAUAUAAGUUUUAAGAAAAGAUCUAAAAUUCACGAUUCUAACGAGAAGUUAUUUUCGCCGUCCCUAAAUUGUUAACAGCUAUUUCAUGUCAAGUAAUAGUACCUUAAAGAGACCGUCUUUUGUUUUUAAGUUCUCAUAAACUUAUUUUUAGUUUAAUUUGAUAUCAAAAUAAAAUUACGGUAUGUAGCUUGUCUUGGUAGGAAAUGGUAGGAAAGUAAAUGAGCCACUAAGCAUAACUUAAAUUGCCGUCGACUUCUUAGUUGAGAAGCUGCUCAACUGUUGAUUCUGGGGUAGAUGUCAAAAUACUCGUCUUUUGAUUUUUCAGAAAAGAUUUUCGAAUAAAUUGUUGGUAGCGUUAUUUUCGCUGAUUUUAAUAUUUUUCACUUUUAAGUUGCUUUAAUCCGGCUCGAAACGGGGGGACUGAUUUAUUAAAACCAUAAGGAGUUUAUUUAGUUUCUAUUUUGUUUAGUAUUUUCACAUGAAUCGUAUGCUAGUGUCAAACUAAAUAAACCAUAAUUUAUUAAUUGUUUUAAACAUGAUAAUAAUGCAUUUACUUAUCAAUCAAGUAAAAGUAUCUGUAUUUUUUAAAUUAAUAUUUAAUUAUUUCCGUGCAAAUAUUAGUGAUGUACGAACAAACCUUAAAAGUUGAAAAGUUUCUAAUUAUUUCAAAUAGAUUCACAUUGUUGCUUUCGUUUCUCAUUUCCUAAAGAUCAUUAAGAUUGAAUCAAAUGAAGUAUUAUUAUACAGACUUAUUAUUCUGUGGGCUUGUGGAUUUCGAUGUGAGGUGGGAUUUUCAAGAAAGAUCCCAAAUAUUGGUACCCUUCAAACAAUCUAGUAUAUAACAAUCCAAAUUUCGAGCUAUUUUGUUAACAGAAUAAUACGUUAAAUAUAAUUUGUAAUAUCCCAAAAGCUAGUUGUAAAGUUAAUAUUAUUCAAUUAUUAUACACUAGUAUAAAAAACCCUUUAGUUUAAGUAAGAUUAUUUAAAUUAAGGUAAUAUAUAUUGUAAAUACUAAUUAUCCCUCUAUUAUUAUAAAUAUGUAUUUUGUUGUAUAUUUACUAACAAUUAUUUCAUCGUUUGUUUCAUUCAAAUAUUUUGAUAAGUGCCAUUAAAUUUACUAAGUAAAACCGUAAUGGUUUCAUCUGAAGAUACGGCAUUUUCUAUUUUUUGAUUUAUUAAAAUAAUUGACAGAAUGUUUUUUACAAUAAUUUAUCUGUAAAUAAAUACGUAUCAAUAUAA